UUCUCGGCCUUUUGGCUAAGAUCAAGUGUAGUAUCUGUUCUUAUCAGUUUAAUAUCUGAUAUGUGGGCCAUUGGUUCACACGAUAUUAAAUUUAUGUUUUGAGAGGGAAGUCCCGUCACAAUAGCUUGCUAUUGGGGGCUUCGCGAGUCGCCUAUGCGUUGCACGACAGCUUUGGCCUGAGUGGCUCACCCCACCAAAUCUAGUUCUUAAUAUUAUGUUCUCCUGGGUUGCAUAUUUUUAUAUGAAUUUAGCCCAGACAAAUGUUUGAAAUAUUGAAGGCCUUUUGAUCUAAUUCAAGACAGCGAGCCUCCCUCCACCAGAACGAGCAAUUUUUUUUACAUUAUACGCUAAAUUGUUUCAAAAUUCCCAAAACUUUUAGAAAGAUCUCGUCUCUGUGCUUGUAUAAUAAGCUUUUAUGUUGUGAAGUGAUACUUGAUGUUAAACCAUGUGUAGUUAAAAAGGCUGAGGGUCAACAAAGCACAUUUGCACUAUAGUUUGGCCUGGCCCACCCCACCAAAACGAGCAAUUUUAAGUUAUUUGUUUGUGCCUUGUGGUUGUGUAAAGCAAUCUUACGUUAUUUGUUUGUGCCUUGUGGUUGUGUUUGUUUCUCCGCAAAACUUUUAGAAGAUUACAUCAUGAUGACUGUACAAUUUUGAUAAUUGCCUAUGUAUAUAAGAGCAUCUACUAGAGCCUCCUUGUUGGCUCCUAAAUAUAAUAUAAAAAAUGUGGCUCUUAGCAAUUUAGGACAAAGUUAAGAGUGUAAACUCCAACAAUACUCUCUACAUCUCUUCUCUAUUUCAUAUUUUAUUCAUAUAUUGAGCUCCACUAUAACAAAAGAGUUGGAAAGAUAGAGAUGAAUUGGAGGGAAUGAUUUUUUUAUUGUGAAAAAAUAAGUUAGGAGCAAUGUGGUGGCUCUUAACUUUGAGGAGAGAGGAGAGAGAAACAAGAGGCUUUAGGCUCUGUUCACUUCACCUGAAUGGAAUGCUUUUGGGCUGAAUGGAAUGACCAUUCUGGGCUGAAUGAAUAAUUAUGUUGUUUGGUUGGGCCAACAGAAUGGAAUGGCUUUUCCAAGUCCAUUCCGUCUGGGCUAAAAUAAUAACAAACCCAUUCCUUUUCAAACACGCAGGACAGAUUCAUUCCCAUUUCAAAUUAAAAUGUCGGGCCAUGGAUACUCUCUGACCUAGCUUACGAUUGUUCUCUCCGUGUGCUUCUCUCUCUCCGAAUAGCGCUCUCUCUCCCAAUUAGAGCUCCAGCAGUCUCUCUCUCGCACAACAAUGGCACUGCUAAUCUUGGUACACACAGAUAAAUUCUUAUCUUUAGGCUCAAGAAUAUGCUACCUUGGUUCUGUACUUGCUCCCUGUUCUUUAGGCUAAAUGGUAUAGUUAUUCUGGUCCAUUAUAUAGGCUAGUUGUUUGUAUUGAGCAAUCUAUUUAUAAUUGUUUCUGCUGUUAUAUUUUAAUGUAGCCAUGGCCCGACUUCCGUUGACUAUGAUUCAACAUAUUCGGAAGAAGAAAGCUAUCUUAGUAUAUACACUAUGGAUGCGAAUGAUUUUAUCAUUCAAUGCUGUUUUUCAUCUAAUGUUUCUCUCUCAAUUGACGAGAAAAACUUUGAGAGAGCGAUACACGAUUUUUAAGAUAGAGCGAAAUCAAUAUAUACAUAGGCUGAUUCAUGAAGGCCCUGCUAGCUGUGUUGAAAAUCUUCGAAUGGAUAAAAGAUCGUUUUAUAAGUUGUGUUUCUUGUUGGAGUCGAGGGGUUAUGUGCAACAAAGUAGGCAUGUUAACGUGGUAGAAAAAGUUGCUAUGUUUCUUUAUAUCCUAGGACACCACACAAAAAUGCGAAUUGUUCACACAGAUUUUCAAAGAUCAAAGCAAUCAAUUACUAGGUAUUUUCAUGCGGUACUAAAUGGGGUUUUGAGGUUACAAGGAGAUUAUUUUAAAAAACCCGAACCAAUUUAAAGCAACUCAACAGAUAAAACGUGGAAGCAUUUUAAGAACUGUUUGGGAGCUUUGGAUGGGACACACAUUAAGAUGACCAUACCCGUAGAAGAUAGGCCAAAGUACAGAAAUAGGAGAGGUGAAAUUACGACAAAUGUUCUUGGAGCUUGUUCACCUAAUUUGCAAUUUCAGUACGUAUUGACGGGUUGGGAAGGAUCAGCCGCAGAUGGAAGAGUCUUAAGAGAUGCUAUAUAUAGACAUAGAUUGAUUGUCACAACCGGUACUUAUUAUCUAGUUGAUGCUGGUUAUACUAAUGGGGAAGGUUUUUUGGCACCAUUUAGAGGAGAAAGAUAUCAUUUGAAUGAUUGGGAUGACGAUAAUCAGCCCACAUCUGCUCGUGAAUAUUACAAUAUGAUGCACUCGUCAGCUAGGAAUGUAAUUGAGAGAUGUUUUGGCAUCCUAAAGAAGAGAUGGGCGAUCCUUAGAAGCCCAUCAUUUUAUCCCGUGAAGACACAAAAUAGGAUCGUCUUAGCUUCUUGUAUUCUUCACAAUUACAUUCGGACUGAAUCAGAAUUUGAUCAAGCUGAAAUUGAGUUUGAUCAGCAUGGGCCAGAAGACCAUCAUGAGCAAAAUGAGCAUGAGGCGGACGAAGAUCACAUCACAACUAUUGGCACUUCAGAUGCAUGGACGACAUUUAGAAACAACCUAGCUGACUCGAUGUUUAAUAGUUGGAAUCAUUAGAUUUUUCUAUAAUUUUGAAAGGUACCUUUAUGAUUAAUUUUGAAAUAAUUUUUGUUAAUAUUCUAUCUGAUCACAUGGUUGCUAGUUCUGCUUUAGUCCUUGACAAUCCAGUCUGCUAGUAUCAUAUUAACUACUCAAAUUAUGUAUGCUUUAGUUCUUUUUGUUGCAUCCUUUAUCUUCUGAAACAUAGUCAAAAACUUACUUUAUUAACAGCUUAAUCAUAUUUUAUUAUCUGAGUAUUUUUGGAGUAUUGUCUGUAUCUGAAGAAACAAGUCCAGAAGCGCUUACAGGUGUACCGAUGCCCAUAUCUGCUGGAAAUUCCGGAUGACUUUGGUAAUAUAUGCACACUUGAGUGGAUUGAGUUAAUUGGAUGUAGUGAUGCUGCAACAGAGUCUGCAAGGGAUAUUUAGAAAGAGCAAGAGAGCGAGGGUAAUGAUUGGCUAAAGAUCUUUGUCAAUCCUAGACUAAAGCCUAACUAAAACCAAGCACAAAAGGGCAGGUCAGGUUACUUCAUACUUGCUGAGUUAUUUUAAUGAAGGUCUGAAUUGUUUUAUCAUUAACUAUAUGCUCUUGACAUGCACCAAUGUACCCUUUCUGUAUUAUAGCAAUUACUUUUCUAUUUGCUUUUUCAAGUUUGUAACAGAGAGGUGUUUGGAGAAAUGCCUUCCACUCCUAAAACCUCAUAUGUAUUGAGAGGUAGAAAAAUCUAAUGAACGUGAUACCUCACUCCAUAGGAACUCUGUUAUUAUGUUACGUUAUUAGGUCUUCUAAAAUAUCAAGGUGUUAAGAAAAGGUUUUAUAGCGAUACUAAUUGUCCUAUGUAUGACUCUGUCUCUUUCGGUAUUUUAAGAUUUCUUUCUCUUUUCCCCAGUUUCAGUAUCUUCAUAGUAAGAGAGAACGAAUUCAAGCAACUAAUCAUGGCGUUUAGCGAAUUUCAUAAAAAAGAAUUGUAACAUUACUGUCACGUAUGAUCAGGGUUUAAUUGCUUUAGUCUAUUUUAGAUAUCAUAUAUGAAUCUUAUAUCAGGUUGCUUAAUAUAUCUGAUGGUCUAGUAACACUGCAGUAGAUUUUACUGCAAGGAUCUUUAAAAAUCAAGGAACACAUUAGUUUUUUAUUUUUAGAAUUUAAAAGAUUGAUUGGUUUAUAAACCGGGUCUUCAGCUUGAUGCAUAGACGUAUCGAAAAGGCAUUUACAGAACCCCUGAAUUAUGGACUAAUUCUUGUGCCGAGAAGGCUAUUGAGCAUUAUUGUCAUGCAGAAGAGAAGGGAACAUGUGGUGGUAACAGAGAUGGUUCAGGUGGGCUGCGAGUGGAAAUUGAAAGGCUUUUUUGCUCACCGACAUUGUCGUCCCAAGAAGAACCUUCUUAGGAAGAACCAAAAUCACGAUGUUCCUGGUUUAAUCAGAAAGUGAACAACUCCUGGAGUAUAUAUAUUUGAUGGCUCGCCCAAAUGGAAGUAUGCGCUCUCUCAUUUUGUUAUUAUAUUUGGAGUAAUGAGCAUGGUUCCACGACGAGCAUGGUCCUCCAGAACCAAAGACAUGAAGUUUUUACAUGGUCAUGUAGCGAAACUUCGGUGUACAGUUGUUAAAAUAGGUGUCGUGUAUUAGUAUCGUAAACUUGAUGGGUGCUUGUACGAGACUUGUCGGCUUUUAUUUUAUACUUAUUUUGAUGAA